CCGUCAAUAUUUUAGAAGAAAAUCCGCCAAAUUUAGUCUAGUUUUACGAAGCCAAAAUGCACAGAAUAUUAUCUUCCUUAAAACUUGUCAAGUCUUCGCCAGGGGCAAAGAGUCUAGUUUUGUCUAAUCAGAUCAGUUCCCCUGAAACAAUCAAUGAUUGUAUUCUAAAAGAGAUGGAGAUGUCCCACACGUAUAUAGCUGCAACUGUUCAAUGCAUAGCCUUAAUGAAUCCUAACCUCCCAGGGUUUGCUAAUGUAACACGCCAGCUUGGAGUAGAGCACUCAGACAGAGCACAGGGUUGGAUCAGAUAUCUCAGAACUUGUGACUAUGAGGUUUCAAUGGAAAAAUUUCUUACCCCGAUGAAAACCCAGGAUCUGAAUGAUAUGAAAGAAGGCAGUGCGGGAGAAUUGCUUUUACAUGCUUUAAACCAGGCAGUUGAGAAGGAAGAGGAAUUGUUUGAUUGGUAUUUUCAACAAUCCAACAAGUUAAAAGCUGCAGGGGAUUCUGCUGGUUUCAGUGCUAUUGUUAAAAUUCUUCAAAUAAACAGAGUAACUGAUCUACUGGAGAGUAUAGAUCUAAUAAAGUCUGCUAUACAGGAGAACAAGCUGACCCGUCUCGAUGAAGAGUUCUCUAGUAUAAAUAUAAACCCUCCUUUACCUACUCCUAGUCCUAAUAGUAAACCCAUGGGACAGUGUCCAAUGGGGUUUGCCUGAUUUUUUCUUAGCAGAUGUAUCUUUUUUAAAUCUAUAUGUAUAAUAUGUUAUUCAUUUACAGUAAAGAGAAAAAUAAAAACUUCCAUUUUAGGUUUUUGAA